GGCGCAGCUCCAAGUCCGGUCUCGGGGUGUCCGGGCUGCCGCGGCCAGGGAGCAGUGGUCGGGAGCUCCCAGAAUACCCACAUUUCCAUUUCUGCGCCUGAUAAAGUUUUGAUUCAUCAUGGAUAAUCUGACAUCAGAAGAAAUUCAGCUGAAGUCUCACCAGGUUACUGAUGAGUCUCUGGAAAGUACAAGGAGAAUCCUGGGUUUAGCCAUUGAGUCUCAGGAUGCAGGAAUCAAGACCAUCCCUAUGCUGGAUGAACAAGGGGAACAACUAAACCGCAUAGAAGAAGGCAUGGACCAGAUAAAUAAAGACAUGAGAGAGGCAGAGAAGACCUUAACAGAACUCAACAAGUGCUGUGGCCUUUGUGUCUACCCAUGUAAUAGGACGAAGAACUUUGAGUCUAGUAAGGCCUACAAGACAACAUGGGGAGAUGGUGGAGACAAGUCGCCUGGCAAUGUGGUGUCUAAGCAGCCAGGCCGGGUAACAAAUGGUCAGCCUCAGCAAGCAAGCACCGGGGCAGCCAGCGGUGGAUACAUUAAACAUAUCACUAAUGAUGCCAGAGAAGAUGAAAUGGAAGAGAACCUGACUCAAGUGGGCAGUAUUCUGGGAAAUCUAAAGAACAUGGCCCUGGACAUGGGAAAUGAGAUUGAAGCUCAAAAUCGACAAAUAGACCGGAAAGAAAAGGCUGACACCAACAAAGAUCGUAUUGACAUUGCCAAUGCCAGAGCAAAGAAACUCAUUAACAGCUAAAGCUACUGCUGUACUUCUUUAUUGUCUAUUCACUUCUCUAGCUCCUCCUCCCAAGUCACUAGCUUUUCCGA